AGUCGCAGCUGCUUUCCGAGGAGUCGGUGUUGCCAAGAUUGCCAAAAUGCUUUGUAGUUUUUAACAGAAGUGAAGACAAGUCCAGAGUUGAUUUCAACCUGUCCAAAGAGAAGCUGCAGCAAGGGGGACUCAGUGCCAAUGCAUCAACCAAAAAGACAACCAGAAUUAGUGGAAGGAAGUCUGCCUGUGUUUGUGUUUCCCACAGAGUUAAUAUUUUAUGCAGAUGAUCAGUCAACACACAAACAAGUGUUGACUCUCUAUAAUCCUUAUGAGUUUGCUUUGAAGUUCAAAGUUUUGUGUACUACUCCAAAUAAGUAUGUUGUCGCUGAUGCUGCAGGUGCAGUAAAGCCUCAGUGUUGUGUGGAUAUUGUGGUUCGUCAUCGAGAUGUCCGCUCCUGUCACUAUGGUGUAAUAGACAAAUUCCGGCUCCAAGUUUCCGAGCAGAGUCAGAGGAAGGCUUUAGGAAGAAAGGAGGUGGUGGCUACUCUUCUUCCAUCUGCAAAAGAACAACAAAAGGAAGAAGAGGAAAAAAGGAUAAAGGAACAUUUAACAGAAACUGUAUUCUUUGAGCAGUCGUCUCAACCAGAAAACAGAACGGUUCCCUCAGGCCCUAGUUUACUGACUGUCUUCCUGGGAGUGGUGUGCAUUGCGGCCCUGAUGCUCCCGACGCUGGGGGAUGUGGAAUCGCUGGUGCCUCUCUACCUCCACUUAAGUGUGAAUCAGAAAUUAGUGGCUGCUUACAUUUUAGGUCUUAUCACAAUGGCUAUACUUAGAACAUGA